AUGUGGGGAUGUUUCUUCCAAGCCAUACAGUAUUUCUCACGUAUAGAUAUACUUUCUACUUUGUCUGGUUUGUUGGCUUGUUUGGCUGGUCUUCCUGAUGCCAUCAACACUAGUCAAGAACCCAUCAUCCUUGGCUCUCCAGAGAACACUACUAUCCAACCAGGCGAACCGAUACUUCUGCGUCUGUUGAAAGUUAACAUCCAACUCUGGCAAGACCUUCCAUACUUCUCAAUGAACCUCAGAGACAGCAUGAACGGCCCAGAAGUCUAUCUCUGCAGAGGCGAGCCCGCUGCAACCGCAGAGCGCAAAUGGACGAACAUAAACACAUUUCUCGCUAUCUUGGUCCGCGACCACGGUACCGCAUUCCCAGAUCUGUUCGGCAUCCGUGUACAGUAUGCCUUCUGGGCACUAUCCUCUGCUCUCGAACACCCUCCCAAGACACGAUUGGGAAAGAAUAUGGCAGUACAUUUGCCAGCAGCUUGUCGAUGGAUCUCGAUAGCUGGAGAUGCUGUUUGGGAAGCUUUGGAUACUGGAUUUGAGGAAAAACCUUGGACAGCAGCGCCUGGUCGGCUUUGGCAGAGUCAGGUGGGUACGAAUCAGGUUGAUGGACGCAGAUGGGCGUUUUGGAAAACGAGACUGGAGAGUUUGAGAGAUGAUUCGCAGUUGGAUCCUGAGUUGGGUGAUGUAGCAUUACAAGCAUCGAGGUUGAUGUAG